AUGCUAGCCAAGAAAAGAGCAGAGAGGAAGCAGGCGAUUGCCACCACCGCCGCGGCGGAGCGCAAAAAGGAACUUCUGCGGGUGAAGCGGCUGCGCCAUGAAUCAAAGGACGGCGAGGAUGACGAGAAGGAGCAAAAACCCCGGAGGACUGGGAAGCGGGAUCGUGGAGUCCAGGAGGAGCAGGCCGUGGAUCCGAUGUUGCUCGCAGCAGAGGAGCCGACGGAGGUGCUUCGCGCCAUUGGGGACCACGUGAACACGCGCCUGCAGGAGUUGGAGUUCGACGACGAUAUCGACGCGGACUUGUUUGACGAGCAACAGCGACAGUUGCGGGAGGAGGCGGCGCUUGCGGCUGGCACCAAGACGCGUGUGCUGGCGCCACAGAUAGCUGCUUUUCUGCAAAAACAGCAGCAGCAGCAGCACCAUGAGGGUGUGCAUGCUGAUACCGGGGGCGUGAAGAUGGUGCGAGUUGGCCACAACAGCAAUGCGGUGACGGCGGUGUGCAACUUUGGUCCCGACGUUGUGGUGUUCGGCGACAAGUCGGGCGCAGUGUACAUCGCGGAGCUGCUCUGCGGUCCGUCGUCGAUGGUGUCGCAGAAAUCUCUUCUCAGCCCGUGUCUGCCCGCCGCGGUGCUCGCCAUUGCAGUCUCCGACACACGUGGGGUUCGGCCGUCGCAGCGUGCCCUUUUCGAGCGCAGCACCGUCGACACGAGCAUUACGUCGUACAUUGCGGCCGGUGCUGCGGAUGGCACCAUCAGCAUUUGGGUGACGGGCACGCGAAGACACAUGGGCUUCCUCACAAUGCACCGUUCCGCUGUAACGGGCCUGACGUUCCGCCACGAUACGCUGUAUAGUUGCAGCAAUGACGAGACACUGCGGGUUUGGUCGGUGCCGCAGAUGAUAUGCCAGGACAAACUUUUCGGGCACCAGGGACGCGUUUUCGGCGUCCAUUGCCUCAAGCGUGAGCGUUGCGCCAGUGUUGGCGACGACGGCACGAUGCGCUACUGGAAGGUGGAUGCCGCGACACAGCAGGAGUUUGCCACAAGCACCCACUUCGACGUAAAGGUUGUGCUCGAGUGCGUGGCGAUGAUGAACGAUAAUAUUGUUCUCUGCGGAGCGGCCAACGGAGCGCUUCUCGUGUUCGACGUGAACAGGCGGAAGCCCAUCGCGGUGCGUGAGGCCGCGCACGGAUACGGCUUCGCCGGCGACGGCACGGGGCUUGAGAAGAUUUCUGCCGAGCAGGCAAGCGGCGACGGCGCUCGCCAAGCACAUCAUAACUCCCAGCGUCAGCAGCCGGAGGGGCAGCAGCAGCGGCGGCGGCAGAACCCGAACCCCAUCACGGCCGUGGCGUCACUGCCGUAUUCAGACGUAGCGGCGAGUGCGAGUUACGAUGGUGUCGUGCGCCUGUGGCAGCUUACUACUCCAGACGAUGCGAAGAAAGCUGGACGUAAAGACGACGGAACCUCAUCAACGAUUACUACAACAACGUUCGAGUGCCUUGCAUCGAUCCCGAUUGACGCCAUCGUCACAUCGCUGUAUUUCUCCCCCAGUAGUGACGUGCUCGUCGUCGGCUGCAGCAAGGAGCCGCGGCUCGGCCGCUGGGUGGUCCAGCGACGCGCACUGAACGCCGUGUGUGUGGUGCCACUGAACAAUACAACAAUGCAGGCAUUCGCGUCGUGCCCGAAUGUGGAACAUGUUCCCGCGAUGCUCUACGGCUUCACGGACGAGGAUGACGGCGAGGAAGCAACGGCCGCUCCUGCAGCAAAGAGCCAGGCGGGCGAUGCCAACAGCGACGAGGCGUCUCAGUCGGCUGAUGUUGGCGACGGCGACGGCGACGACGAUGACGAUGAUGGCGACGAAGCGGGCCUCUUCACUGUUGGUGAGGACGGCCAGAUGCAGUUCAGCGCGCCAGUGCGGGGGAGCGACGCGGCCCCGCGCAGCGGCAAGAAGAAGAAGCGGGGCGCAGCGACAAUGAAAGCUGUGGAUAGGAAGCAGCAGUCGAAGAGAAAGCGACUGGAUGGGAAAAAGAAGAAGAAGAAUGACAAAUAA